AUGAUGAUAACGUGCAGGCAAGACAUUGCCAAGCUUGAGGCGAGAAAAGCCGCCCUCGAAGCGCAGGAAGUUGUCCUCGAUUCCUUGUCGCAGCAGGUUCAGAAGAGGGUGAAAGACAGGGCUCGGAAGCUUGAAGAAGAAGAGCGUGAACAACAACGCCAGGAGGAACUGAAGCGAAAGCGCCAGGAGGAGGAGCAAAGAUGUGAGGAAGAACGCCAGGCGGAGAAAAGACGGAAGCAACUGGAGUGGCAGGCCCAAGAACAGCGAGGUCCAAGAAUCUGGGCACAGUGCGCCGCGAAGGAUCACUUGCUCAAGAAUUUUGACAGGACAGCGCUGCAAGUUGCUCUUGGGCAGAGUGGGUACAUCACGCUCUGGGAUUAUGUGAAAGGCCACGCUUGGUGUGGAAUUCCGACCCGCUUGUACAACAAGCUCAAUGGCCGGGGGUAUCAUCAGUCGCAUGCAAAACUGGUGGCAUUGAGUCCGGAUUCAGAUGCCUUCUACGUUCAGUUUAGCGAUGGAGACUGUGACUGGUUCAGCUACAGUGCUGAAAGCUUUAGGCAGGCUCUGAACGAUUCUUCGACUCCUUCAGUGGUUGCACUUGGCCCAAGACGCGCGUGGUAUGUAGGAUGGCCUGAUGGGAGGUGGCAGUCCAAUGGUUUGCCCAGAAGUUUGCUCAAUAUGCUCAACUCGAACAGACACCGGUCUGUGGCCUUCAUGAGCAUCUCUGGCUUAGACAUUAGCUCCAAGGAUGAUGACUCUCGAGACAGUGAUGAUGACUCUCGUAGUCCGAGCGAGGAUGAAGCAUUCUGA